AAAACUGACCGAUAGAUGGUAUUAGAUACGUAGUAACUAAAGUUGGUAAAACUGUGUUUCGUGUCAUAUUUGACUAAUAUCAUUCUUAUAAAUAUCUUUUUCGUUGAGUCCUAUUAACGGCAUUAGCCAAGAUGGGUCGACGUCCAGCAAGAUGUUACAGAUACUGUAAAAACAAACCAUACCCUAAAUCACGGUUUUGUCGGGGUGUACCAGAUCCAAAAAUUCGUAUUUUCGAUUUGGGUAAAAAGAAAGCAGCCGUAGAUGAUUUCCCACUAUGUGUACAUUUAGUGUCAGAUGAAUAUGAACAACUUAGUUCAGAAGCUUUAGAAGCUGGUCGUAUUUGCUGUAAUAAAUACCUUGUCAAAAAUUGUGGUAAAGAUCAAUUCCACAUUCGUAUGAGAUUACAUCCUUUCCAUGUUAUUCGAAUUAACAAGAUGUUGUCCUGUGCCGGAGCUGAUAGGCUCCAAACUGGAAUGAGAGGAGCUUUUGGAAAACCACAAGGAACAGUAGCUCGUGUAAACAUUGGUCAACCAAUCAUGAGUGUACGUUCAAGUGAACGUUACAAGGCCGCUGUUAUUGAAGCUUUACGUCGUGCCAAAUUCAAGUUCCCAGGUCGUCAAAAGAUCUAUGUAUCCAAAAAAUGGGGCUUCACAAAAUACGACCGUGAUGAAUAUGAACAAUUGAAAGCUGAUGGACGUUUAGCUCAAGAUGGAUGCAAUGUCCAAUAUCGUCCAGAACAUGGUCCAUUAGAUAAAUGGAAGAAAGUGCAGGAAGAAAUUGCUGCCUUAUAGAUUUUUUUUGUACAUCAAAAAUGUGAUUUAAAAAAAUAAAAAGUUUUAAAUCG